AUGAUGAAAAAGUUGGCCAUCAACACAACGGCUAAGCGUUGUGGCUCAGUGAGUACCGAGACCAUUCAAAAGAUGUUGUUCUCUCAACAACACAGAUUUGAAUCCAAGGCUCAUGUUUUCAAGAUUGAUAAGGAAAAGGCAUACAAAUUCCAUCUUCCACAAAAACACAUGCAAGGUAUCACAUUCACAGGUCCAAAGGAACAAGUUGAAUUUACCAAGGAAAAGUUAAUGGAAAUGUAUCGCUUGAUGGCUUUGAUUAGAAGAUUUGAAUUGGUUUCUGACCAACAAUACAAGGCUCGUAACAUUCGUGGUUUCUGUCACUUGUACAGUGGUCAAGAAGCUGUCUGUGUUGGAAUUGAAGAAGCAACUACUCGUCAAGACUCCAUCAUUACUGCUUACCGUGACCAUGGUUUCCAAUUGGUGAGAGGAGGAAGUGUUGAAAGUACUAUGGCUGAGCAGUUAGGUCGUGUUACUGGUUGCAGUAAGGGAAAGGGUGGUUCAAUGCACAUGUACAAUGUUCCAAACAAAUUUUAUGGUGGUAACGGUAUUGUAGGUGCUCAAGUCCCAGUUGGUGCUGGUUUGGCUUUCGCUCAUCAAUAUUUGGAUAGAUUGAACAAGAAGGAUGUUAAGGAUAGAAAUGUCUGUUUCACACUUUAUGGAGACGGUGCUGCUAAUCAAGGACAAGUUUUUGAAGCAUUCAACAUGGCCAAGUUGUGGCACAUUCCAGUCGUCUUUGUCUGUGAAAAUAACAAGUAUGGUAUGGCCACUCCUGUGGGUCGUUCCAGCGCCUCUACUGAUUACUAUGAAAGAGGAGAUUACAUCCCAGGUAUUUGGGUUGAUGGACAAGACAUUUUCGCUGUCUAUGAGGCUUCUCGUUAUGCUAAGGAGUAUGCUCAACAAUAUGGUCCAAUUGUUCUUGAAACUGAGACUUACAGAUACUAUGGUCACUCAAUGUCUGAUCCAGGUAUCACCUACAGAACAAGAGAAGAAGUCCAACAAGUAAGAGCAAGCAGAGAUCCAAUUGUUAGAAUGAAGAAUCGUUUGAUUGAACAAGGUAUUGCAACUGAGGAUGAAUUCAAGGCAAUUGAUGAGCAAGUCAAGGAUGAAGUUCAACAAGGUACUGAAAAGGCUCUCCAAGCUCCACUUCCACCAGCUCAUGAGCUUGUUGAGGAUGUUUUGGUUGACAAGGAAUACUUUGUUAGAGGAAGAUGGAUUGGUGAAACAUGGAAUGUAGUUCAACAAUAA